AGCUGGCGCCAGUUGUCUUCGGGAUCAAAGCAAAAAAAGUUUUCUCGUCGCGCCGGUCUGACGCCCCGCAAACCUGAGUUGUUUUUGUACAAAUAAUUUUUAUAAGUGAAGAAAGAAGUAGCGCGAAUACUUCAAAUAAUUAGGAUUUACUCGGUUUUCGUGAGUGUGAGAUUUGGUGCACAGAAAGAGAAAGUAGCGGAUCCAAUUACGGUAAACACUUGGACUUUGCCAUGUUUCGCAGCAGCCUGGAAGGCAACACCAACGUCACAAACGACAACUAUGCGGCGUUCCAUAGCAGGGGUGGCCUCAACCUGCUGGGCCUCCAAGACCUGUACUUGGACACGGCAUCCACGCUAGGUUCGGGCAGCUCUAGCUUGCCACCGACGCCCAGCGUCUCGUCGGGCACACAGAGUCCGCCCAGCACUCCCCUGACCCCGGAACCCACACAAUUCGGUUCUCAGACUCAGUUCCCGCUGCUGACGGACAAUGGUAACAUGAACUUGGGCAACUUCAACAACGGCAACAACAUGCUGCUGCACCAGCACUACCAAUACCACCUGAUCAUCCAGAAGCAGCAGCAACAGUUGGCGCUGGCCAACCAUCAGUUGGCGCUGGCCGCAUCCGCGGCUGCCGCUGGCGUGAAUCAUCAGCAAAAGGAUGAGAUAGCGCGAUCGCUGAAGGUAUUUGCUCAGCUGACAAGCGCCCCGGCAGACAAUGGAUCCGGCUCUGUGCAGGAUGUUAUGCAGGAGUUUGCGAGCAACGGAUACGCCAGCGAUGAUCUCAAUUGCUUCGCUUACAAUCCGGCCCCUACGCCGGCCAAUAACCUACACCGUAAUUUGUCCGCAGCGGGAGGACAAGCCAAUCCACCGCAGCCUUUGCCAGCACCAGCCCCACUGUCCGCACGCUGGCUCCACAACUAUCGCGAGCAGCUAAACAAUGUGUGGCGCUCCAUGGCCUACAUGCCCAGCAUUGGUCAAACCAACGCGGGACUGCAGGCCCAAGCGCAUGCACAGGCGGCAGCUGUCGCCGCCACUGGCGUCGGACAAAACAAUCUGAACGCCAUGGGAUUGGGGCUGCCAUUGCAACCGGAUCACUUCCGACAUGGCAACAAUCCAAGUAACAACAACAGCAACAAGAUGAACAAGCGCUACAAGCCCAAAGAGAUCAGCCGCCACUGCGUGUUCUGUGAGAACAACAACGAACCGGAGGCGGUGGUCAACAGUCACUCGGUUCGCGACAAUUUGAAUCGCGUACUGUGCCCCAAGUUGCGCACCUACGUGUGCCCCAUAUGCGGGGCCUCGGGCGACUCGGCACACACCAUUAAGUAUUGCCCGAAGAAGCCGAUCAUAACCAUGGAGGAUGCCAUCAAGGCGGAGUCAUUCCGCCUGGCAAAGAGCAGCUUCUACAAGCAGCAGAUGAAGGUUUAGAAGAAGUCUAGCAGAAACCACAGGGAAACUCUGGCAGUUUCAAUGCGCGUAUAUAGCGUGAUAUAUAUGCGAUUUCGGUUCCUGUGCUGGAUACUAGAUAUUAGCGCCUGGCGCGUUCGUUUUUAUAGAUUUUUUUUCAAACUAGUCUGCGACUAAGAUUAUAUAGUCAGUGACUGAUCACUCAAAUCAAAUCAAUUUCAACUUUUUGAUCAUAUAUCAAUGUUUUCAAGAGUAAGUAAAAUUUUUUAAGAAUACUCACAACAUCGUUAUAAUUGUUAAAUUCUGGUUGCCGAUAGAAGCAUUUCACAAUCUGAAAUUUGAAUAGAACUGGUCCACGAAAUUUACUCAACAUUUUCAUGAAUCUUGAGCCUUAAAAAUGUAAAUAUGUUUUGUGGAGUAGAGGACUUUGAAUUUCGAUCUGGCAAUCGUAAUGGAAAUAAUAAUUUCAAAUAACGUAAAGAGAAAAGAACGAUUUCGUAGGCAUACAAAUAUAUUGAAACUUUUUUAAAAUUUGACACUAGAUAGUUGAUAAGACAACAUUUUAUUACAUGUAUCGCUCAUACAAACACACACAUAUCUUCGAGUGUGUAGAUGUUAUAUAUAUUUAUUCAAUCAUGUUCUUCAUCAUAUUCGUUAACAUAAUUUUUUUCUAUUUUUUUAUAAAUGUUCACCUUAUAUCCAUCAUGUUACUCAAAAUUCGAAUGGAUUAUUGUAAGAGUAUCAUUUUAAAUGCUUUUUUAAAUUUUUUUAUAAUUGUGCAUCCGUUUGCCAUUAAGUAAAUCGGAAUUCAAAUGUUUACAUCAUUGUAAACCCAAUCGGGGAUCAUGUAUUUAACUAUCAAUCAAAAAUCAAAUUCUUUUUUUCCAAUUUUUUUUAUAAAAAUGUAUACAAAUGAAGUUGUAAUGCAAUCGCAAAAUAUGUCAAAUAAAGAUAUAAAUCAGCAAGUA